AUGAAAGACAAAGCAGCCUGUGGAAGAAUUGUAUCUCCUAAAUGGAAGACAUUUAAAGGCCUUAAGCUUCUGUGGAGAGAUAAGAUACGUCUUAACAAUGCUAUUUGGCGAGCCUGGUAUCUACAGUAUGUAAAAAGGCAGAAGAACCCGGUCUGUAAUUUUGUCACUCCCUUGGAAGGUCUGGAGAAUGAAGAGCAUCGAAAGCCUGAGUCAGUGGUUAUUGAAGGGAAAUACUGGAAGCGUCGAAUUGAAAUUGUUAUACGAGAGUAUCAUAUCUGGAGGACCUAUUUCCGAAACCAGUUACGUCACAAGAAGAGUAAUGAAGAUCUGUCUGUGUUACUACAGGAAGAUUAUUAUGUAUGGCCUUUCAAGACAGCAGAAUCUGCCACUGCUUGUCCAAUGGAUUCUGACCUAUUCUUUGAUGUGGACACCCUAAUGACAGAGUUCUCGGACACACUAUUUUCGACAUUGAUUCAUCAUCCCUGUGCCUGGCCAAACUCUAAGAAUAUUGCUCAUUUUGGGAAUGCAGAUAUGAUCCAGCCAAGCCUGACACCACUGCAGCCUAAUAUGGGGGAUGACUUCAUGGACACAUUUGAACCCCUGCAAGAAUAUUUUUCACCCAGCCGUCCUGUUCUUGGAAAUUGUAAUGUUAAUGGACCGACUGGUAACAUUUUCUCAGCUGGUGCACCCAUCAUUCCGGCAGUGGCUACUAUUGCAACAAGUGGGCAGAACCUGCAGGGCACUUUAAUUCCAGACAGUACACCUAGCCUUGGAGCAUACCCGACUGCAUUUGGAGUAGAGGAACAGACACAAAUGCCUUAUGCUUUACCCCAAAAUGUAUCUCGUGCUAAAGCAGUCAGCACAGUCUUAUCACCAUUGGACUUUGGAACGGACUUUGAAACUACCGCCAUUUUCCAAGAAAAUACAACUUUUCUGCCCACGAUCCCAACAUCACGAGUGGAAAAUGAUGCUGAGUUACACAUACAGAGAUCUAGGACCACAACAUCCACCAUAAAUGUGAACUUCCCUUCUCAUGCUCCUUUAUUAACACCAUCUGUUCAAACCUCAUCGUGCAGCACCUUUGACUGUUCUGGAGCAAGCAACUGUUCCUGUACUGUCGUACCUCUGCAGUGUUCCCCUGGGCUGAACAGUUCUGAAAAGAAUUGGUUAAAGCCACAGAAGGAUAGCUUCGGAGAGACAUUGUCUCAACAUCCAAAGUUUUCUAAGCCUUUUGGGAUACACAGAAAUGAUUCUUCAGGAGUGGGAGUUAAAACUAAGCAGCUGCAAAGAAUAGCUCCUGCACCCAACACCGCACUGAUACAACCACUCAUUUCAUCUGUUACACCAGUCAAGACACAAAACACAUUUCUUGCACAGCUUCUUAUGUCAGCACCCACAGGACCAUUUGCAACAUUGCAGCAUCAUUUCUCAAGACAAAAAAAAUCAUCACCAUCUGACAAGCAGAUAUCAGAAAUUACUGAUUUUCAUGAUGGUAUUCUUAUUGGUGCUGCACAGCAGGCUGGUGUCAUCAGUGAUUCAGCUCUGCCUUUUACACCCGAAGGAUGCACUGAGAUGAAGGCUGAAGAUGUUACUAAACGAGAGAAAUCAUUCAUUCCUCAGUCUACAGACUUACAGCUACAAGGGAUGCUGUUAGUGGUGACACUUCUUGCUUCUAGUCUGAGCGCAGAGGCAGCUUGGAAAAGCAAGGAGGGGGAAAUUGAGUGUUUUGCAACUAGCAAUGAUGGUAUUUCAGUAAAAGAGAGGAAUGAAUCCUCUAAAUCAGAGGAUAUAAUUGUGGAUCAUAUGUUGGAGUUGUGGAUUGGUGAGUUAAAGGCAAGCGAGCCUGUGCAAGAAGGAGAUGGACGUUUUAGCAAUGAUGAGAAGGCAGUUGAGCUUUCUCAAAAGGGAUGUGACUCUAGUCACUCUAUAUAG